GCCUCAGACUCAUUCAUGACCAACUCUACUUCUAAACGCAACACCAACAACUUUGUACACUCCUCGCCUUCUCGGUACAGAAUUAGGAGGAUUUGGAACAAAACCCCCUCAUGCUUCUGCUCUCCACUUCACUUCCACUUCAGUUCUCUCAUUUCUUCUUCUUCCCGCCCCUUCUCUCUCUUCUCAGCGCAAAUGUACUCCCAGACUCAUCUCCUUUCUCAAUCUCCCUCUUUUCUUUCUCUCUCCUCAAAUUCCUCCGCAUUCAUCCCCAAUCAUCGUGAAAUUCAAUCGCUCCAUUUCUCUUCCACCUACUCUCUCUCCUCUUCGCGUUACUCUCUCUCUUCUCGAACAAACCUCAUUCCUACUCCAAUGGCGGCGUCAAAUCCGGACCUCUUGAAUCAUCAGACCGACGGAGACCUUCUAGGCUUCGACAAUGGAAACGUUGAUCGAUUUUCCGAUGUUGCGAAUGAGCUCGCCGAUGCUUCCGGUGAAGUCAUCCGCAGUUUCUUCCGGAAGAAAUUCGAGAUCCUUGAUAAAGAUGAUCUAAGUCCGGUUACUAUUGCUGAUCGAACUGCAGAGGAAUCUAUGGUUUCCAUUAUUAUGAAACAUUUCCCGUCUCACGCAGUUUUUGGAGAAGAGAAUGGUUGGAGGUGUAAAGAAAAACACUCAGAUUAUGUAUGGGUUUUAGAUCCUAUUGAUGGCACAAAGAGCUUUAUAACUGGAAAACCUGUGUUUGGUACUCUCAUAGCUCUUCUGUACAAGGGUAAGCCGAUACUGGGUAUAAUUGAUCAACCUAUCCUAAGAGAAAGAUGGAUUGGUAUAAAUGGUAAGAGGACUACAUUAAAUGGGCAAGAAGUGUCAACACGAAGCUGUACAGAUUUAUCACAAGCUUAUAUGUACACUACAAGUCCCCAUCUUUUUGCCGGAGUAGCUGAAGAUGCAUUCAUUCGCGUCAGGAAUAAGGUUAAAGUGCCACUUUAUGGGUGUGACUGCUAUGCUUAUGCCCUCCUGGCUUCCGGGUUUGUAGAUCUCGUUGUUGAAUCUGGGUUGAAGCCGUAUGACUUCCUUGCAUUGAUACCGGUUAUAAAAGGCGCUGGUGGGACCAUAACUGAUUGGAAAGGCGAAGAAUUCCACUGGGAAGCUUCGCCAGACUCUCAGGCAACAGAUUUUAAUGUGGUAGCUGCCGGAGAUCCCAAUCUUCACCAACAAACUGUAUUAUCAUUGGAAUGGAAGUGAAGCUUAUUCUGACAUGUGACGACGCAAUUCAGUUCUUACUUUAGCUUAUAUUAACUCUCAGAACUUUCAGCGAAUAGCAUCAUAAGAGUUGUGUUUUUAUUUAUGAUACACAUAUUUGACUUGUUCGUUUAUGAACAACCAUCAAUUUCGAUGAUAUUAGCAGCUUUACCAAGAUUCUUUACAA